AAUGCGCAUCACCGUGAUGGACGCUAAUUCCUCGGACAUGUCCACGUUCGAGGUGGCCGAUGAUAUGGAGCUGGAAAAUUUGAUCGCCCUCUGCCGGAUGGAAUUCAGCAUACCUGCACAUCUGGAGCUGGUACUGUCGGCCAAACAGCAGAUGCUGCUGGACCAGAAACAAACGCUUACGCAUUACGAUGUCAAGGAUGGUGAUAUGCUGCUGCUCCAUAAGACACCGAUUGCACAAACGCCCGGAGUAGCGACCGGAUCUUCAGCCGCUCGGGCCCGUCCAAUGAUGCCGCCGCCUUCUAACCGGGAGGAACCAGCGGCACUGGCCAAUUUGGACUUUAGUUCGAUUCAAGUACCCUACUCGGUCCGUUCCGGUGCCGGUGGUAACGGAGGAAAUGGUUCCUCUAGCGGAUUAAACCGUCCCUCACCGUCCGUCGGUCUCGAGGAUGAUCCUGCAGUUGUUCGCGAAAUGUUCCUCUCUAAACCGGACCAACUGGCGCUGCUAAAGCAAAAUAAUCCGCGCCUAGCGGAAGCCCUUCUCUCCGGCAAUCUGGAAACUUUUGCGACCGUACUGCGGAAACAGAUUGCCGAACGUAUGGAAAAGCAGCAGCAGCGGCUCCGAAUACUGCAGGCCAGCCCGUUCGAUGCCGAAGCACAGCGCCUGAUUGCGGAGGAAAUUAAGCAGAAAAAUAUCGAAGCGAACAUGGAAGCGGCGAUGGAGUACAAUCCGGAAACGUUCGGCACUGUCGUGAUGCUGUACAUCAACUGCAAGGUAAACGGCUAUCCAGUAAAAGCGUUCAUCGAUUCCGGUGCACAAGCAACGAUUAUGAGUGCAGCGGCGGCAGAACGCUGCAACAUUAUGCGGCUGGUCGACACGAGAUGGGCCGGCAUUGCGAAAGGUGUCGGUGUGCAGCGCAUUAUCGGGCGUAUUCAUAUGGUGCAGAUACAGAUAGAGAAGGAUUUCCUGACGUCCAGCUUUUCAGUGCUAGAGGAACAGCCGAUGGAUAUGUUGCUGGGGCUGGACAUGCUCAAGCGUCACCAGUGCAAUAUCGAUCUGAAGAACAAUGUGCUGCGCAUAGGAACGACCGGUACGGAGACUCCGUUUUUGGCGGAAGGCGAUCUGCCCGAAUGUGCCCGUCUGACGGGCAGUCCGGAGGAGGAAAAGCGUGUCCUGGCCGAAUCGGCAAAGCUAGCCGAAGAACUUGCCAUCAAGGAAGCACUAAGCAAGAGUCAAAGUGAUCAAGGUGUGCUAUUGGGAGUUAAGGUUUUCGGGAUCAAUUCUAAUGGCGUUUCCUCUCUUCUUCUUGUAGCAUCAUCGAGUGGUGCUGGAAGCAGUGGUAGCAAUGUCACACCGACCACAGAAGCUCCUGCCAGCAGCGCCGCUACAACAAAAAUUCCUCCAUCGUCGGAACCGGAACCUAUGCAGCAAGACGACGAUCCACCGCUGACGCUUCUGCCGACAGAUCGCUUCACCGAAAUGGAUGUCGUUGAGCUGGAAUCGAUGGGCUUCAAGCGACAGAUGGUGAUCGAUGAACUCCGGGCGGCGAACGGUGACAAAACGAAGGCCACUGCGGGCCUGUUUUCGAAACUAGGAUAAU